AUGGCCAGCCAUGACAAUGUCCUCAGUUGGACACCACAUGAAGUAGCAGAUUGGUUACAAGAUCGUGGACACUGCGAGUAUAUUGAUACAUUUAAGAAGAAUAAAAUGGAUGGCCGUGCUUUACUUGCCUUAAAGGAGAAAGAUUUACGAUUGCUAGAUGGUUUAGCCACAUGUUUAGGCGAUUUAAAAAGGAUCUGGUUGGAUAUCCAAGAGUUGAAAGGACACGUUCAACCUACCAAUGGCCACCCAUUCAUUUCCAAUCGGUUUGCUGCCAAUGGCCAUUGCAAAUCCACUCCGACACAAGGAACGAUUACAGUCAAUGCUUUCCAUCAUGAUUGCCAAGAUGGUGCUUCCAUGUCAUGCUCUCAGUGUGCACAAGCAAGUCCUUUCCAUAUUAUUUCCGAUCGUUGGAAAGCGUUGAUUGCCGUAGCUUAUGCUUUAGGAUCCUUUCUCAUCUCCGCCAUUGUCAUGACAAUUGUUCAUGAACGUGUACCCGACAAGAAACUUUACCCUCCUUUGCCGGAUAUUGUCUUGGAUAAUAUCCCAGUCAUCCCUUACUCUUUUGAAUUGUGCGAGAUCACCGCUUUAAGCCUCUUCAUCUUACUGGGAAUCAUUAUCGUAUUUCAUAAACAUCGCUUUGUUAUUAUACGAAGACUAUGCGCCAUUGCUGGCACUGUCUUUUUACUCCGUUGUGCCACUAUGUUUGUUACCUCUUUAUCCAUACCUGGUCGCCAUUUAGAAUGCGAUUCGAAGACAAAUGGUGAUUUCGCUUCCAUUAUGAAUCGUGCUAUACAAAUAUGGUCCGGUUUUGGCAUGACUAUUGCCGGAGUUCGAACUUGUGGCGAUUACCUAUUUAGUGGGCAUACUGUCGCCGUUACUUUAAGUAACUUCUUUAUCACAGAAUAUACACCUGAUAGCUGGCAUUUACUCCAUUUUCUUACGUGGACUCUCAAUCUAUCUGGCAUUUUCUUUAUUUUAGCUGCACACGAACAUUACUCUAUAGACGUUUUAAUUGGAUAUUAUAUUACUACACGUCUCUUUAUCUAUUAUCAUGCUUUAGCUAAUUCACGUAUUGCUCGCCAACGUCAACGAGGUAGAACAUUUAGUUACUUACCCAUGUUUGUAGUUUUUGAAUACAAUGUUGAGCCUGUCGCAAACGAAUUUGAAUGGCCAAUUUCUUGGCCAUCAAAGUGGAGGUUUGGCCUGAAAUCCGAUAAUGAAAGCAAGUAA